CGGGGUCCCGGGCUGAGGGAGCCGGAAGGAAGUAAGCGGUCCCGCCCCUUUUCCCCUCUCGUUUCCGUAGGAGCCACCGCCGCUGCUGCCGCAGCUCCUGCGUGUUCUCCGGCGAGCCGGAGUCUUCCUGCAGUACCCUCGGUCCCCGGCCGCGCGGAGCCGGGAUGCACUGCUCCUGCUGUGGGUCCUCAUCAUGGAGACCAAACGGGUGGAGAUUCCCGGCAGCGUCCUGGACGAUCUCUGCAGCCGAUUUAUUUUGCAUAUUCCCAGCGAGGAAAGAGACAAUGCUAUCCGAGUGUGUUUUCAGAUUGAACUUGCCCAUUGGUUUUACUUGGAUUUCUACAUGCAGAACACACCAGGAUUACCUCAGUGUGGGAUAAGAGACUUUGCUAAAGCUGUCUUCAAUCAUUGUCCAUUUUUGCUGCCUCAAGGUGAAGAUGUGGAAAAAAUUUUGGAUGAAUGGAAGGAAUAUAAAAUGGGAGUGCCAACAUAUGGUGCAAUUAUUCUUGAUGAGACACUUGAAAAUGUACUACUGGUUCAGGGGUACCUAGCAAAAUCAGGCUGGGGAUUUCCAAAAGGAAAAGUAAAUAAAGAAGAAGCUCCUCAUGAUUGUGCUGCUAGAGAGGUCUUUGAAGAAACUGGUUUUGAUAUUAAAGAUUAUAUUUGUAAGGAUGAUUACAUUGAACUUCGGAUCAAUGAUCAGCUUGCUCGUUUGUACAUCAUUCCAGGAAUUCCAAAAGAUACAAAAUUUAACCCAAAAACCAGAAGAGAAAUCCGGAAUAUUGAGUGGUUCUCCAUUGAGAAAUUGCCUUGCCAUAGAAAUGAUAUGACCCCAAAAUCCAAACUUGGUUUGGCACCAAACAAAUUUUUUAUGGCCAUUCCUUUUAUCAGACCACUAAGGGACUGGCUUUCUCGAAGAUUUGGAGAUUCCUCAGAUAGUGACAAUGGAUUUUCCUCAGCUGGUAGCACACCAGCUAAACCCACUGUGGAAAAAUUGAGUCGAACCAAAUUCCGCCACAGUCAGCAGUUAUUUCCUGAAGGUUCUCCUGGUGACCAGUGGAUAAAGCACCGGCAGCCACUGCAGCAUAAACCAUAUAAUAAUCAUCACGCUGAAAUGUCUGAUCUUUUAAAGGCAAAGAAUCAAAGUAUAAGGGGAAAUGGCAGAAAACAGUAUCAAGAUUCACCUAAUCAAAAGAAAAGAACAAAUGGGAUCCACAGCCAGCCAGCGAAGCAACAGAAUCCCCUGGUGAAAUGUGAAAAAAAACUUCAUCCACGAAAACUUCAGGAUACUUUUGAAACAGAUGCUGUGUAUGACUCACCUUACUCCGGUGAAGACCAGUUGCUCGAACAUGCCGAGGGCCAGUCUGUGGCAUGUAAUGGACACUGCAAGUUCCCCUUUUCAUCCCGAGCUUUUUUGAGUUUCAAGUUUGACCAUAAUGCUAUAAUGAAAAUCUUGGACCUUUGAUAGCAGCAAAUAUGGAAGUCCCCAAAUCAGAGACUUGUUGCAUUUGAGUGGGUGUCUCUUUGAGCCUUACCUUUCUCAGGUGUUUUAAAGAAAUGCAGGGAGACGAUGAUGUUUCUGAAGAGAUGUUCUCUGUGCAGAAGAGAGAGUAGAAAGAAACAUGAAUUUGCACUGUAAAUGUGGUUAUAACUUUUUAUACACAUGUACCUUUUCAGUGUUUGGCUAAUGAAUUUAAGUUGCUUUUUAUGAGGGCAUUUUUUUCUGUGAUUGUGGUUUUUAUCUUGUAUUCUGGUCACAAAAAUAGUGUUUGAGUCAUCAUUAAGUAGCCGGGUUAAUGGGAAUGCUCCAUCUUCCCACUGCAGCGAUUGUAAUACUAGUUUCCUUAUACUGAAAAUUUUAAAAGAACCUUAAAAUACACAGUUAUUACAUGAAUACAAGACCCGAAAUGUCACAGAAGUCAAGAUUGCUGGUCAUCUGCUUUGGUGGCAUUUUGCACAUUUCUAUGCUUCUAAUAGCUUAGGUUCGCUAACCUUCCUUGCUGGGAGUUUUGUUGAAAGGUUUUACUUAGAGUCAGAAUCUGCUAUAUAAUGUUCAUGUUCAAGAUGAACUCAUGGCACUUCGUUAAAGGACAGAGUCCUCAGCCUGGAGAGGGGCUUGAGCUGGUGGUGGAGAGCUGCGGCUCUGGUUCUGAAUCGCGCAGUGUGCUCGGAGGUUGUGGGGAGAGGACAGCUGGGGGAGAGCACGGGGCCGGGGCCCCGAGACUGUGCUGUCGCAGCUCAGCGUCCCACCGCCAGCCCCUUGGGGCCGUGUGGCUUUGUUCCCGUGCAGCUCGACUCUGUGUUACAGCUGUGUAAAUACGUAUGGAAUACCGACAUUACUAGGUUCCACAUUGCAUCUCAGUGUUGAUCUCUGGAAACUGAUGCUAUUCUAGGUUCCCAUUUGCCAUAGUAGCAGAGACUGACAUACUUGGUAGCGUACUGAAGCCUCUGGACGAUGGAGUGAAAAGGGAAGGGUGUGCAGUUUACUCAAAUACUGAUAAAGCAUCGCACUAGGGGAGGAGCAGAACAGGGCAGCAACAUGUGUGAUUCACUCCUAGGAAUGUAUUGUGCUCCUUUAGGAUUCUUAAAUCCAAAUAAGGAUGGCAGUGCCCAUUUAGAGAAGGAGUUUAGCUAUGUAAAGCUAUGGACAAUCACCAGGGCUUUAAGGGGGCUUUAGUGUUUGGGCUGCUUCUGACCUCAUUGAAGGUGUUUCUUUGGGGGUGGGGGGAGAGUAUUAGCAUAUGCGUGCAUACGCGUCUGUCAUAUGGGUUUUAAAAAUCUAUUUUACAUGUGGUAUCCACAAAAUAUAUCUCUGCUUGUAAAUUUUAUUGUGGAAAUCUUGAUUCUGUAUAGAUAGUCUAUUUAAUAGGGUUUCUAUUUAACCCUGUGGGACUUUCAAAAGAAGUGCUGUUGUAAGGAGUUCACUUGGUAUUUCUUUGCUUUAGAUUUUCAAUGGCUUGAUUUUAAAGGAGAAAGUCUAUUUAUGAAUAAAAGUGUCACCAUCUUGGUGCUAAUUAAGCAGGAUAAUUCAGUUUUAGCAGUGUGUUAGAACUAGGUUAUCCACUGUCCUGCAUCUUUUAAUGUGACAAAUUGGUGAAUCCUUCUGUGACCUUUUAAAAAUGCAUUUUAAGAUUGCUUUGGAAGCUCUUAACUGUUCUGAGAAUACAGCAGCUUUGCUUUGGUCUCCUUGAGCCAUAUUUAUAGUUGGUCCCAGCAUUCCAGGUUUCUGUUCUUAAUGGAGUGAAAUUUAGUUUGUCUGGCAGGUGAGUCGUUUUCACUCACUUACUGCUGUCUGGAAACCAUUUAAUUUUUUGUGAUUUUGAAUGUGUUUUUUUCUGUUUAAGUGAUUGCUUUGGUCAGUCUUUCUGGUUCCUUGAGUUGAAAGUUUCAGCUCUUGACACUAAAGCAGAAGAGAUUAGUUACCAGAAUUAUGGCCUCUAAUGGUGUUGAGCCUUUUCAAGAACCAACAGAUUAUUUCUUUUCGAUUAUGGUAGUUUGGUUAAAUAUUGCUAUUGGGCUGCUUCAUUUAAUGCACUGUGGGUGGGACAAAAUAAGGGUGUUGUUGGGAUGGUAAUUUUGGUAUUGAGACUUUUAGCUCUCUUGACAGUUUGAGAUUUAAAAAAUGUUAAAAGAUGAGUUAAAAUUUAUUUGUGUGAUGUGACUUAACUAUGCAGAAAAUGUAUAAGUUGGAUGUACCUAUUUUAUGUACAUCUGCUAUACUUCUUCCCUUGAACCUGUGUAUUAGAUUCUCAGUGUUCAGCUUACCUUGAAAAGGGCCAUGCUUAGCACAGAACUAGAUUUCUUGAUUGAGAAAUUUUAGCAUGGUUUGAAGAAAUCAAGUGAUAGAUAAGGGAGUGUGCUGAAUAUGCAAUACUUUACUUCUGUGUGCUGCAUUUUAAGAAGCUAGAUGAGAAUAGCAGUUGUGUUGGCUUCAAUUACAUAUUAUGUCUUUGAGAGAAAUAGGUCUUUUGAAUCCACUUUUUCAGUAUUCUUAGUUCCAAGGUUCAGUGUACUGUGAAUCUUUUUAUUUUUUUAAAUUUCCUAGGUGCUUCUAUGUAUAACUGUAAUGAUUUGUAAGAUGUUCAAUGAAUUGUUUUUGUACUUAACCAUUAUAAUCUAGAAGAUAGGAGUAUGGUUUAUAUGCUUUCACAAGUUUUUGUUCAGAACUAGCAAAUGAAUGGUUUUAAGAUUUCAAAGUGGUGUUCUGAGACAUGAGCAUUUGGAGACAUGUGAGAUCCUACUAGAGCUUUUGUAGCAUGGGUGAAAUUUGGUUGAAGAUGUUUGAAAGUGAAGUUGGAUUUUCAUGGUUAUGAAAAGGUGAGUUUCCUAUGCUGUAAAGGAAUGGUGGUCACUGCUUGCUGCUUUGAACUUGGAUUAUUUUUCCAUUAAUUAUCAAUUAGUAAGUACAAAUGAAGAUGUAUAGCAAUAUUAAUUUUAUGCUAUGAGAUUGGGUUGGUAUUGUCUUUUAAGUCUUUAGUGAUUUGUGUGUUAAUAUAAAAAUAACUCCUCAAGUCUAAGUGAAUGGCAUCCUUCCAUAAGGAGGAUUAAAUUCUUCUAUAAAACUUAAUACAUUGUGGUAGUCUUAGAAAAUUUCAGGUCUGAGUGCAUGUAUGCAUUAAAAAAAAUUAAAAACAUUUCAUUACCUUUUCCCUUGCUUUUUUUUGUUUGUUUCCAACAGUUAACUUGAACAGUAAGGAGCAAAAUCAGUUAAAAAAUUAGACUUUUUACAGUUAUUUUUCUUACUUUGAUAAUAUCUCUUGGCUUUUUAUCUUUAUCUUUGUACCAGUGGCCCUCUGAGCUGUGUGCUCGGAGGUUUUUGUUUUGAUUGACAUCCAUUGUGUCUUUGUAUUCUCUGAGGCAGUACAGUCUUUUCUUUGCAUGUUAAUCAUAGUUAAAAGGUCAGACUCAUUAACGUUUUCUGAUUGAAGAAAAGUUAGGUGUCACCUGGCAGUUUUGAGUUAGGUGUUUUCUGGCCUGGGGAAGGGACUCGCGUGUAUUCCUGUAAUGUUACAGGUAAACAAGACAAACUCAUUCUGUCUGAAGGUGUCAGUCUACUUUAUGUUUUAAGUACCUGUCUCUAGGUAAAUGGGUGUUAGUAAAGUAAGUUUUGUUAAACUUUAUUCCUGGUAGUUUGGUGAAGCCUUGAGUUCCUCAUUAUGUACUAGACUUUAAAAUCAGUUUGUACAGUUGCCGAAAAUUGUAAAAAUGAGAUUAUGAUGGGCUUUCUCAGCAUCUUUUUCUUCUUAGAAUUGAGUUGUUUUUGAAGUUUCUCCACCUCUGUCAUGAAGAAGGCAGAUUACAGAUGGACAGUAUAGGCUCUGUCUCGUGCUUUUGAAGCAAAUUCUGGAUAUCAGUUUCAAAAAAUAUGAAAGGUUUAUUGUUAUAGGGUAAAAAGUGCCCCGAAGGAGGAAGAUAGCUAUAGUUACUGGGCAAGGAAAACAGAAGGCAGAGAUUUUAGAAGAUAAAAUCAGUUCUCAAGUGCUGUAUGAUGCAUGAGGCCAGAAAUGUGACCAUUGCCUCACCCAAGCAGAGUCUCAUGUGUGGCCAUUACCAAGCGUUUUCUGGCUCCAGGUUUAAUUAUUUUCUCAGUAUGGUUGCCAAGGGGUCCAGCAAAUCUGAAGUGAUUUUUCUCCCUUUAAUAGUCAGUGUUUGAGACUCUGGCCCUUCCCUUGCUGACGCUGCUUUAGGACUCCAACCACACUGAAGUGCUGACACGCUGCUUUCUCCCACAGCCCGGAGCAUACCCAGCCACCCUUGGCCAUGUGUCACGGUCGCUGCUCACGGUAACCCGCAGGACAGAACGUACACUUGUCCCAGACAGGGGUCCUGGUUUCCCAUGACAGUGUUCAUUACUGAAAUGGCGGUCUGUAGCUAGGGAGCCAGAGUAAAGCUACCUCCCCUGCCUGGGAGUGGACGUGAAGGGCUGGCUUCCAUCAGUUUUGUCGCUCAGACUUUUACCAUAAAAGUACAGAGAAGUGUAAAUAAAAAACUAUGAUGAAGUAUUCAAGUUUUAUCUUGAGAAAAUGUUCAUAACUGACUCUUUAAUCUGGGUUCCUUAGGAAAUCACCAGCAAAGAAAUCUCAUUUGUCUUGGGUCUCCUGUGGUUAGCAGCGGGGGUGGUCUAGUUACGGUGGCAGCUUGGCAGCACAGCCUGAGAGGAAUUGGCCUUAUUAACAAGGUGCUCGUGUUGGCUCUGUAGUUGCUGGUCAUUGUCUUCUGGGGAAAGACAUGGGAUGCAGAGGGCAGUUGCCUGUGUGUUUUGUUUCCUGUGGACCCUUGUUGUUAGUAGCCUUUAAUCCAUUCGUCCAGUUGAAGAAGGCGGCUCUGAACACUCACUUGCUGCUUAUUUGGUGUUUGGGUGUUCUUGUGAUUGGCCUCUAUCUGGUGAGUAUUCUUUGAAGACCUGUUGUUCCUGAAUCCUUUUCUGGGGGUGACUGGUCAGAAAGAGGCCAUUGAGUCUGUCCCUUUGUGUCAUUUUUUUCUUUCUGUAACAAUUUUUUUUCUUUGUGAUGCAUCUCUCUCGUCAGUCUACCACUGUGGGAAUUUACAGGUAAUAAUUGCAUCUUAACUUUGACCCUUGGGCCAUGAGCAGUCAGGAGGGGCUGUGGCCACCUGGGCUUGUUGAUUUUAGUUUCAUAGCUGUUACAUUGGUUUGGGAACAGGGGAAACUUCUGUGUUGUUCUAGGGCACUGAGCAGUGUUCUGGUCUCUGAGAGGUCUUAGUUAACAGUCUUAAAAAAAAAAAAAAAAAAUCAACAGUCUUCAGUUGCGGACUUUUUGAGGUAAGAUGUAACAUUUUCAUUCAAUGUGCUUACAAUUCAUU